UACUCUUUAAUAAUGCUUUAUUAUAAUCAAAUAUUUAUUUUGCUUCUACUACAAUUAUUAAUUCCCAUUAAUUUUGCUUCUAUCGACAAUGAUUGUUCCUGCCCUAAAGAAAAAAUUUUUGAAAGUAAUGUGAGAGAGGGUGUAAUCAAAAGCCCCGGAUGUAAGUAUGGGAAUAAUCAAUAUUCUAAAUCAGAAUUAUUCUGA